AUGGCCAGCCUUAGAAAUAUCAUGAACGUCGAUGCCGAUGACGAUCAUGCCAGUAACUCUCAUUCUUUAAAGACCAUGGAUGUAGGAUCAAGAUCAUUACAACAUCCGCCGGAUGCUUCGACAGCCUCCAUUCCGUACGGUCGAGGCUCGGACUACUCCAUGACUGCGUCGCCGUCUCGCAGCCAAAGAUUUACUCCUCCAACACGCUCCUCGCAUUCGUUGCUGGUCGAUCAACACCCGCCGGGCAUGGCCUACGGCGGUUACCCAGGCAGUCGGCAUCCUCACGAUAGGCGCCCGAGCAACGCCAGCGCCGACUCUAUGGAUUCCCACUACGGUCAAGGACAAGUCUAUGGGCAUGGAACCGCUGGUGCCUUCUCCGCCACGCCAAUGAGACCGUGCCCGCCUCAACAAGAGGUUCCCGUCAAACUGACCCCUAUCACCGGAAGAUUCCUGGAUGUGACAAAAUAUUUCAUCGGCGAGAUCUCCUCGAGCGCCAUCAACAACGACACGCCGACCCCGACCCUGUCGUUGCACUCUUCCCCAUGGGCGUCACACUCGGCCAAGCCAACAGCGGUUCCCGUACGACACAGCCCAGACGAAAUCACUAUAGGCGGUAUCAAAAGCGAGUAUUUGGUGGAAUCGGUGCCGAACAUGCCAACGACCGCUGCGGCUGCGUUUGCAGAACAACUCCGAGUCAUGCCCAGCCUAGCCAACGGCAACGGAAGCGCCUCGAUUUGUGUUUCGACGAUCCCUACUACCUCAAUCACCUGGCCGGCCGGCCCGCGUAUUACGACACCCUUAUCGACAGCCUCUGGCCCCUUUUCAACGUCAGCCGUACUUUCACGGGGCAGUCAACGAUCGUCCAUGGCCGUUUCGAACAGUGCCUGGACCAGCCGCAUUGAUCAGCCAACAUCCAGGGUCAUGCCAGCAGCUGUGAUGGCCACGGGAGGGUAUGCUGCCUACGGGUAUGGCCCUUCCGCUCCGCAGUCAUAUUCCUCCAUUUACGAUGACGAGUCGACUGUUGGCAUUCCCGGAUAUGGAGAAACGCCAGGGCUCUAUGGACCUCAUGUUCCCGCUCCCAGCAUGCGCAUGUCCCCUCAACUAGUCGUUGGCCAGUCAUCGGAGACAAUGGUCACAACCUCGGCACCACUGCCAACGGAUCGUGUCGUCAACCCUCUGCCGUGUCCACCGGAGCCGAUUUCGAGGCUGGGCUUGCUAGCUCAGGGCUUCAUGCCUGUGUCAUUAAAUCGGGAAGCUCGGAGUGCCCUGCCAAACUAUAUCGACAUCUUCUGGGAUAAGGUGUACCCUCUCUAUCCCAUUAUUCACAAAUCAACGGUGGAGGAUGGUGCGGGCGCCGUCCCAGAGCAUGUAGACGUUUUGCGGUGUGCCAUGGCCGCACUCGCGACGCAGUUUCUGGGCCACAGAGAACAUCGCAUCAACGGCAGUCAACUACACUCUUAUGCCUGGCACAAAUCAAAAACCUUUACAGAGUCAGCCACAUGGUCUUUACCGGCCAUGCAAACCGUCCUGCUCUGCGAGUACUACGCCAGAUUCCGAGGGCGACACAAGGAUGACUAUCAACCCUCGUCGCGAUUCCUCACCCUAUGUCAAACGGUGUCCGGGUACUGCUCUGGGACUAUUCCGCAACCAUCUGGCGGCAACACCGAGCGCUGGAACGCGUGGGUGUACAUUGAAUCGUGUCGGAGACUGUUGGCUGCUUGCUUUCUCCUCAGCGUUCACGGCAUGUGCUAUCAUGAGCAGCCGUAUUCCACCGUUUUGGGCUUGGACAGCCUGGCCUCAUCAAAACUUCACAUUACUUUAUCCGGGAGCACGACGAGCCUCUGGGAGGCCAGGAAUGCCGAGGCAUGGGCUGCAAUUGACACGUCGACCAUGAUGUUGACCACGAUUGGCGACUUGAUGGAGAAUCCGAACUUGGCAACCACGGAAGCAACCCCGGCAUUUGACGUGUCCCUCGUCAUUGCGGCCCACGCGCUUCUGCUGCCAACCCGACAAAGCCGUCAGGAGGUGGGCCUGACGCGAGAUGUGUCGGGUUUCAACAGCAACGAUCUGCCCAUGUCGAAAUCCUUUAACCGCCGGCCAGGCGCCAACGCUUAUCUCGCUUUACACUACACGCCGCUGCACGUUCUGCUGGCUGUCUCGGGCGACAGCUGGGUUUUCAACAAGAAGAUACCCGACGCGAGCCUGUUUGCCGAGUACAAACAAAAGUUGGGCCGGUGGCGAGACUCGGGCACGUCUGCAAUCGCAACCGUCUUCGCAGCCCGAGCCGUUCGAGACUUCCUGGACCUCUCGGACAAGUUGGGGCGGAACCCGGCCAAGGCCAGCAGCGCCUCCCACGGCGUGACAGCCUGCACGGACAUCUCGGACUACUGGGGGUUGUACGUCUGCACCCUCAUCUGCUGGGCAUUCGGGCAUGUUGGCAAACGGACAACCCCGACGACGGCGACGGCGACGACGACGGGCAAGCGGCUCCCCGCGCGGACCAGAGCCAUCAACUGGAUCCGCACGGUGGCCGAACUCGAACCCGGCCAGCUGCAGGCCCUGCCCAGGCGGGAGGACUCGCAGGCCAUUGUGGGCUUUGUUCGAGAUGUCCUGGAGAAGGACUGUCUCGGCGGGCGAAACAUCCUCUUCGCAGACUCGGUCGGGGUUCUUCGAAAGCUGGAGGAGGUGGACAACUGGAGCUGGUUCUAG